AUGAAUCAUGAAACCACAACCCUGGUAUCCUUGAAGGAAGCAAUGACAAGAGUAGACAACAAGCUCCAAGCUCUAGAAAUACAGUUCAAAGAACUAGAUGUCACCAAGGAUAAUCUGAUACAGCAAUUUGAACAACACAGCAAGACUUUGGCAAGCCAAGCAGCCCAAGAUGAAAUAUGGACAGCAGUUCUGACCCUUGGGUUUACCUCAAUGGAACUGAAUAUUUUAUACAGCUAUGUCAUUGAAGUCCUCAUUUGCUUGCACACUCGAGUGCUUCAGAAGCUUCCAGACCUGGUGAGAAGUCUUCCAACCUUAGCCUCUGUCUUUAGACGAAAAGUCAAGAACAAACAUGUUAGAAUUGUGUGGGAGUCUGUCAUGGAGGAGUAUGGGCUGCAAGAGAGAGAUGUCACAGCACUCUGUACCUUCUUCAUUGCACAUGGCAACAAAGCAGAACACUAUGCUGCUAACAUAAGACAGACAUACAUCAAAGAUGUUACGUUCAUGAUCACCAAUAUGGUAAAAAACCAGGCUCUGCAGGAUGCUUUGCUUCGGGCUGUUCAGGUCAUCGAGAAGGGGAAAGCAGUGAGGACCCCUGAAAACCAAAGAGCAUCCCUGAAAGAGUUGAUGCCAUCAACCAAAGAUUAAUCUGUUUUAUGGGGAUGUCCUUCUGUAUAUAUGUUCUCUUAUUGGUUGAUGAAUAAAAUACUGUUUGGCCAAUGAGAAAGGAAGAUAGGCAGAAUGAGGAGACAAGGAGAAUUCUGGGAAAGGUUGGCAGAGGGAGCCAGACACAGAGUAUCUAUGCUGCUG